UUAUGAUCAUCUCCCAUCAAUAAAAAAUAACACUCCUUAAUUUCUUCUCUCUCUCUCUUUCUCAAAAUGGAAGCCUAUUCCAUAUUCUCUUCUUCUACAAACUCAUCAACUUCUUCACCUACUAAUAAUAGUAACUUUCCUUUUUCAUUAAGCCAAGUAUCUAGCUCUUCUAAUAGCUUUGAUCAUAACAAAAUGGAUCAAUCAUAUCAUCAUCUAUCGCAACGGAUUCCGCCUCCCAUGGUUGUUGUUCAAGCUCAUGAGUUAAUGAGUAAUCACAAUUAUCAUGAUAUCAUUACUCCUCUUAAUAAUCAUCAUCAAGAUAAUGAUGAUGAUCAAAAGAAGAGGAUUAUUAUGGAUAAUGAUGAUAAUAGUAAUAGCAAUAGUGCAAGUAAUAAGAAGGGAUCUUUGGAGAAGAAGGCAAAGAAGCAUAGGUUUGCUUUUCAAACAAGAAGCCAAGUUGAUAUACUUGAUGAUGGUUAUAGAUGGCGCAAAUAUGGCCAAAAGGCCGUCAAGAAUAACAAAUUUCCAAGGAGCUACUACAGAUGCACCUACCAAGGAUGCAAUGUGAAGAAACAAGUUCAACGUCUAUCAAAUGAUGAAGGAGUUGUUGUCACUACUUAUGACGGAAUUCAUUCUCAUUCUAUUGAGAGAUCUACCGAUAAUUUUGAGCAUAUUUUGACUCAAAUGCAAAUUUACAAUUCUUUUUAAGUGUUUUUUUCAAACUCUUAUCUCCGAGAAAAAAGAAGUUAUACUCAGUAACAUCGAGUUGUAUAUAUACAGAGGGGGAAAACCCUAAUAUAUGUACUCGUUUAUUAAUAGAACUUGUAAAUUAAAUUAGCUAA